AGAAACCCUGAAAAAUCAACCACCUUAUCCUCCCACUUUCUCUGCGUGCUUCUACUUCCUCCCUUCCCUUCAAGGGCGACCUCCACUCCACACAUAAUUCUCCGCAACUUCGACGAGGAGCAGAAUAUGUCCGUGAACGCAGUCUCCGCCAAGUGCCCGUUCCUCGCCCGCGUCCCAGCCUCCUUCCUCGGUCACGCCGGGCCCUCUCUCAACAUGUACGGCCAGCGCUGUCCAGUCAUGGCUCGCAUGUUCCACCGAGCAGCUCCCGGAGGCUUCAACCGGGCGCCACUGACCAAGACACUGUCGCUGGAAAAGUUCUACAGGUCGGUGCACGCGUUGCCUCGAAUGUCGGGUGCUGGAGGCUUGAGCAAGUGUCCUUUCCGAGCCGCCGUCCAAUCUCAACGGCUGCACACUGCUGCCCCUGCAUCCCAGACCUCUCCUGCCGUAUCUGAGGGGAAUAAAGCUGUCGUGUCGGCUCAAUUGAAGCAAGAGGUCUUACCCAGGGAAGGAGUGUGCGGAGUGAAACGGGCAACCAAAGACGGCAAUUGCGAAUGUGCUGCACAAGGCUUGCAACCUGUCGGAAAAUGUCCAUUCCGUUGGUCCAAGUUUGUGAAGGACACGGUCACCGAGACGGUUCAGCGAACCAUUGGCCCCAGCAUUUCUCCUGCAGUACCUCUAUCAGAUGGUGGCAAACUGGACUACGAGACAUUUUUCGGGGACAAAAUUGAGGCCAAACGAAGGGACAACUCGUAUCGGACGUUCCGAGUGAUGGCGCGGCAGGCCCGUCAGUUCCCCCGUGCCAACCACUACCCUGAUCCGGGGAUGGAGUACGAUGAGGGACAGAAAGUGACUGUUUGGUGCAGCAACGACUACAUGGGAAUGAGCAAACACCCUGCGGUCGUAAAGGCAACAAUCAACGUGAUUGAGGAGAAUGGAGUGGGUGCUGGAGGCACUAGGAACAUAUCUGGCACCAGCUACCACCACGUCCAGCUGGAAAAAGAGGUUGCGAAACUCCACCGCAAGGAGGCCGGGCUCAUCUUCAGCUCUUGCUAUGUGGCAAACGACGCAACGCUCACCACGCUCGGGAAGAUGCUCCCGGACUGCGUUUACUUCUCCGACGCGGCGAACCACAACUCGAUGGUGAUUGGGAUGCGACACAGUUUGGCCAAGAAGGAAAUCUUCCACCACAAUGACCCGGAUCAUCUCGAAACACUCCUCAAAAAGUACGACAAGAACCAGGCAAAGAUAGUCGCGUUUGAGUCUGUCUACUCGAUGUCCGGUAAUAUUUCCCCCAUCAAAGAAAUUUGCAAAGUGGCCCGCAAGUACAACGCUCUGACGUUUAUCGAUGAAGUUCACGCAGUGGGGCUUUACGGGGAGCAUGGAGCAGGAGUGGGAGAGAGGGAAGGGUUAAUGGAUCAACUCGAUAUAGUCUCGGGGACGCUCGGAAAGGCGUUUGGCGUUGCCGGUGGCUACAUUGUGGGGUCUGAAAAACUGGUGGAUAUGGUUCGGAGCUACGCGGAUGGGUUCAUAUUUACCACUGCCAUGCCACCCAUGCAAGCGGCGGCUGCACGCAGAUCGAUCCAGAUCCUGGCCUCCGAGGAAGGGAGGGAGCUGAGGCAGAAACACCAGGCAUCCGUCGCCAAUCUGAGACGUCUUCUAAAAGAAGCCCGCCUCCCUGCCCUGCCUAGUCCGAGCCACAUUGUUCCCUUACAUGUAAGUAUUGUAGUAGCCAGCCUGUGGGAGUUGUGUGUACUUAGUGUGAUGCGAUAUGUAUAUAUGUAUGUAAUUAUAUCAGGAUAGUGUAUAGUGACCACUGCUAGUAGUAGAACAAAAGAAUUUGCUCCGUGGCUACACCUUGCAUGUUCUCAUUUCCUGACAGUAUAUACACACAAUGUUUCAUCACGCUGCUUUCUCUUCCUCUCUCUCCACACACACACACACAGGUCGGCAAUGCCAAGAAGUGUACGGCUGCCUCCAUGCUCCUGAUGGAAAAGCACAGGAUCUACGUCCAAGACAUCAACUACCCGACUGUCGCACGGGGUAAAGAGAAGCUCCGGAUCGCUCCGACUCCGUUCCACACCCCCGAGAUGCAGGAGAAGUUUGUGGCAUCAGUGGUGGACGUUUGGCAGGAGCUCGGACUCGACUUGCUGGAGCCUAAUCUCAAGGAGUGUCGUGGCCAUGCCCCCAUGCAUGGUUUCCUUGGAAACGUUCAACUGGCAGCAUGAUACGAUAUCAAGAACACAAUCUGAAAUGUAGAAUAGUCCAAUAUUUUUAUCUGACUCUAAUAGGCUUGUGUGAAUCAGAGACA